AUGGGUCUCUUCACUGGAUAUGAUGAACUUUUAACUCGAGACCCAGUUGAUUAUUGGCGUUCCUUCACUGAUAUUUGCCAUUUCUUCUCUUUGAUUGGACUUUCCCGUUUUUCGCCCUUGCAAUCUACUUUUUAUGUUAUGGAUUGGUCUCUUUCUUUUGAAAUUUUUAGACAAACUUUAUAUCCGAACAACGCCGUAACCAAAACUUCCGUUUUUACGCAAUUCCGUCUUAAACUUUGGUUUGAUGAACUUCCUAUCAUGUAUAAACUUUCCCAAAGAUUUCCUGGCCUAUAUGCUGAUAACUCCUUGUGUCCGAUUUGUGGAACUUUCAUGAAAACGUUAGAAUAUCUUUUCAUUUGUUCACCUAGCUACCUGGAUGUUGAGGAUGAUAACCCUGUGCUUCUGAAUCACAAAGAUGUAACUACAGAUCUUAUUGAACGUUUUCUGGUCAAACUUGCUACUAAGGCUUCAUCCCAUGUGAUCUUUCAAGGUGCCUUAUUCGCUGCUCUGGUCUUAAUUAUAAAUCUUUAUCUCCUGACUCCUAUUAUUUCCCGUAUAUAUUUGAAAUUACAACGCGAAAUUUAUCAUGGUCUUUGGCGAUCAAGGUGUAAAAUUAAAGUUACAAAAGACACGGCAAAAGGAAUUUUGCCAAGUACUCUUCGAUCAUACAAAGGACCUUCUGUUCAACCUUUCCGCUUUUCUGCUCCUCCAAUUGCUCUGUCUCAGGCCGAUGAGCCUCUUUCUCCGCUUCAGGCUUCUGAAUGGUCCUCUCUUGGUAUCAAAUGGCUCCAUUCCUCUUUAACCCAACGACUCUCAUGGUUUCAUCACCUGUUGGGUUUUCUGAAGAGUCGAACAGUCCUCAUCUGGAAUAAUAUCUUGGCAGGUUGUAAGAUCGGGUAA